AUGGAAGGAGUACGAGUACCUAUUACGGUAUUACCCCUAUACGUAGUAGGAAAUAAAAAGAUUGGGGGAUUGGGAAAGGAGAAAGGGACAGGGACAGGGAUGCCAUCGAUGCGACGACAUCAUUGGUCGAUCACAAACGCCCUUUGGGGCUUAGGGGGCCUUGCCCGUGUUCAGGUCUGCCUUUCACUCCUACUCGUAACCCUCCGAUCGUUGUUCUACGCCCUGGUUUCUAAUCUUGCCUCGUUAUCACCGAAUUUGCACACAAAGGUGUUCAGUUCGAGACGCCGAAAGCCCAGGCGACAGGCAGCAGACGACAGCUUUGCUACUUCUGAUCCCUCGCAAUCCAGGCGACGUUGUUCAUGCUGUGUGAUGCUAUGUUGCGGCGACGUGAGGCGAUGCGAGGCACCUUCGGGGGCCCAUUGCCAUGGGAUGUGCUGCUAUGCUACGAUUGAGAGAAAAGAAGGAAAAGAAGGAAAAGAAGGUGAAGAUGUAGUUGAAGAACAAAAACUAUAA